UGUAGUGUUCACACUUCAACGGCUUCUAAAUAACUGGAAUAAUGUAGACGUAACAGAUCCAGUCCAGUAAGCAAUCCAGUACUGGACUGGAUCGCUGGACUGGAAUAAUGUAAACCGGGCAUUUACCCUUCUUAAAAACUUAUUGUAAGGUUACUUUAGUUAACAAAAUUAUAAGGCUUUACAAGCACCAAAUGUGUUCAAUAAUUCAUAAGCGUCACAUAUUUUUUUAAACUUUUGAACACGCUUUGCAUUUUCCUAUUCCGUUGCGUCGCGUCGCGUCACGGUGUGAAUGUGAUUGUGAGUGUUCACUUCACAAUGUGAGGCAAGGACAAACACAAUGAACAAACAAGUGCGCACAUAUGGCGCCGGCAUGACGCGACGUGACGCUCAGUUGCACGGACAUCGCCACUGAGAACGGCCGUGUUUCGUACAGUGUAUCUUUAUAGGCAAUUUGUAGUUGUGGCUAAGCAAACAAAGGAUGGAGUGGAAUAACGAGAGCGUUCUCGAGUUUAUAGAAUUAAUGCAGGCAGAGCCAGACAUAUGGGACCCGAAACGCAAUGGACAUAAAAACAGAAAUAACAUUAAUGACGCCUGGAAUCGCAUUAGACAAGAGUUUUCAGUACCUUGCACUGUCGAUGAAUUGAAGCGGAAAAGAAAUACGUUACUGACACAGUACAGAGAUUGUUUAAAAAAGAUUAAUGAUUCUAUAAAAUCUGGAUGUAGUGCCGAGGAUGUUUACAAACCUUCAUGGUUUGCAUUUGAAGCCCUUGAUAAUUUCAUGGGUGAUAUUUAUAAGUACCGUGUGACAAUUUCUACUGAGGUUAUGGAAAGAACAAAAGAAAGUCCACACACUCGUGAAACAAAGGGAAGUGCAUCAGUAGAUACUUCUCCUAGGCCCGAGUCACCAGAGUCCUGCUCAUACAGUAUGAGUGGAGCCGAUGCUUAUCAACCGCCAAAGAGGCAACGAAGAACGCAAGAUUUUGUAAAUGCAAACGCAUGUGACUUAUAUGGCCAGCUACUAGCUGAGAAAUUGAAGGCCUUAGAUACAGACGACAGGCUGGUGCUGAUGAAUGAAAUUGAUAAUCUAGUAUUUAAAUACACAAUGAAUGCCAGACAGUUGCAGCGUGAGCUUGGCAUCAAAACUCAAUAGGUUAGUAGGUGCUAUUGUCAGGUUUACGAGUAAGGAUCAUUCACGAUUGAUGCUUAUAAAGGAAUUGUACAGGAUUCGCAAACUAUCAACACUAUUGUAAUACUCAACUGUGCCAUGUAAUUAUUCUGCCUAAAGUGCAUCUGUCACCAAUAAGUACUAUGCAUCAUAAUGCGAAUUUCUCAAACUAUCACCAUGAAGCAACAAAAAUAUAAUUGCAAUGUGAUGAUUAUAAUUACGAUAUACGUAAUGAUGAUUGAUAUUAGCAGGACUAAAAAAAGUUAACGUUAUUAUCAAUAAAUAAACCAAAGUUAUUCAUGACGUGUUUUUACUAGUAGCCGGUACUGAAUAAUGUUUGACACAAAGAUAAUAGUACAACACCUAGGGUAAUAUACAUUCUAGUGCUGCAGACGCGGGCAAAGCCGCUGGCAGAUACUAACCAAGGGCAAUAAACAAAAGUGAUUAAUAAAGAAAACAACAGCAAUACGUUAGGUCUUAAACUUUAUUUAGGCUUAGCCUUGUUUCUGCGCCAGCUCGCGCGCCCUCGCCUUCUCGAGCUUGGCGAUACGCGCGUUGGACUUGUUGCCGAGGACACCACCUCCCCAGUGUUUGCGCAGCUCUUCGUAGCGCUCGUUGAAGUUCGUC